UUGGUUCAGUGUGAUGUUAGGAUUUUAGGUAGACAGUUAGAAUAAAUUCUUUGAGAAUAAAGAUGAAAUUUUUGAUUUUGAUAUUGUCGAUAACUUAUGUCACGUGCCAUAAUAUUGAACGUAGAUAUGUUGAUAAUGAUGUUGACGAAGAAGGAUAUGAUUGGGAAGCCGGACCACCACGUUAUGAACAUUUUCACUACGCAGAAAAUGGUGAAAUUGAUUUUGCACCAAGAAUAAUCGGAGGUACUCCCAGCUGGCAUGGAGAAUUUCCAGCGAAAAUUUCUCUUCAAACCCGUGCUGGAGCGCAUUUUUGUGGUGGGGCGCUUAUAGAUUUGCGACAUGUUUUAACCGCAGCACACUGUAUUGUCACUGAAUUCGGUGCAGUCUUCGAUCCAAAUGCGAUUCGUUUGAUGGGCGAUGAUCUUUCAAUACAAAGAUGGGGAUCAGGAUCAAGACAACUUCGCUUUGCAAGUCAUAUAUUCGCACAUCCAAGUUUUGAUAUGAGAACUUAUCAAAAUGACAUUGGAGUUGUAAGAGCGUCAGUGAUUUUCAUCCAAACAACGACUUUACAAGCAAUGCCGAGAUCGUUUACAACGCCAGUUGAUAAUGUGAAUUGCAAUUUAGCGGGAUGGGGAGUUACAUCAGAAACCAACACGCGGCCACACCCAAUACUUCUUCGAGUUGAACUUCAAAUUAUUGCCAUGAACUUUUGUAAUGGAACUCAAUCAUUCCAUGGUUCCAUACCUGAUGGAUCACUCUGUGCCGGGUCACUUGAUGGAUCCCGAGAUGCUUGCUUUGGAGACUCAGGUGGUGGUUUGAUGUGCAAUGGCCAAAUUGCUGGAGUAGUAAGUUUUGGUUUCGGAUGUGGCCGUAGAAAUUUUCCAGGCGUUUAUGUUGACGUUUCGCAAUAUAACGGUUGGAUUGGUUCAGUUUUAAUUUUUCAAGGUACACAAGAUGACAUCCCACGACCCCCAAUUGUUCCAAGUUCUAGUAGCCCUUCGAUGUUUAUUUUUGCUAAAGUGAUAACAAUCGCAUUGAUUAUCUUUACAAGUCUUAGUCAUUAGAAAAUCUUUAUCGUUUUUCUUCGUCUUCUAAUGUUGGUGAUUAUGAAAUUCUUGUGAGCUUUGACUUUACAUUUGGUUGUGUUAAAUGAAAUUCGAAUAUUUUAUAAAUAAAGUUUUUGCUUUCGUAACAUUUUGAAAAUCA